CGUAGCUUGCCCUUGUGCUGCUAACACUCAUUGUUUUGUCACCAUUCAUUGCUGCUGUUAUAUAACUCAAACUGAUCACACUUCAGGCCUGUCCUUCUGUUUCCUCUCUUCCUGCCUUACCCUUCCCUUUCCUGGAGAUGUGGGCACUGCCCAUCCUGAAUUAUUAGCAGCUCUGAAAAAUAUCUGACCAAGCAGUAGAAGAUCCUGGCCUUAUGUCUUGGUGGUUGUGACGUUUUAACCUUAGUUGGCAUGUGUAAUGAGUCUUUUCAGUUGUGAACCUUACUUAUAUAGUGAAACGUGCUAUUAGCACACAUUGAGCCUGGACACAGCCUGGACCCUGCUCAAGGGGAUUUUGUAGGGGAUGGAGAGAAAGGGGGUUCUAUGCAGAUAUCAUUCAUGUCUGAUCUGUAUAUCAAAUGUUUGUGUGGUGGACUCUUCCCUUCCUCUUCUGGACUGCUCAGACCCAUCUCUCCUCCCACUCCCAUUCAUAAGCCUGUAGCAUCUCUGGGAUGACCAUAGCAGUGGCUGAUGUAGAAAAAGCAAGCCUAUUGACAGAAUGUCUGGACAUGGUAAGAGGAAGGCAAAGCCCUGGUCUUCAAGAUCCCAGUCAAAGAGGGCUGGUUUGCAAUUCCCAGUGAGCCGUGUUCACCGGUAUCUGAAGAAGGGGCAUUAUGCUGUGAGAAUAAGCCCCAGUGCUGCAGUCUACCUGGCCUCUGUGCUCCAGUACCUGAGUGCCGAAGUGCUGGAGGCAGCAGGGUACGUGACCCAGGCAAAAGGGUACCAGCGCAUCAUACCAAGGCACAUCCUUUUGGGCAUUAAGUGUGACGACGAACUGCAUAAACUGUUCAACCAUGUGACUAUUCCACAAGGAGGUGUCCCACCCAGAAUUGAGAAGCCACUUCUGACCAAGAAAACCAACAAGAAGUCUGCGCAUAGAAAGAGAGCUGCCCCCUGCUAGCUCAUCUCUAGCUGCAGCUGAGUCUUGAAAUGAGGGGUGGGGUCUGGCUCACUAAGACUGGAUUUCUGUGCUACAGGCUUCACUUAGUGCACUUGGUUUGUGUGUUGCUCCUAAAGAAUAUUUAUUCAGAUUGGUGGUUUGUAUAAUCUUUAAUGUAUGAAAUACAGGUUUAUUAGACUAUCUGGCUCUUGUGAUUCCUAUUUUAUGCAGUAGAUUGU